AUUAUAUUAUAUUGUGUGACCGCAACAAAAAACACAUUACAAAACCAUGUAUUGCGACAACUUUUAUAGUCCUUAUCUAUUCUCGCUUUAUGUACAACAAAAACCAUUAUCUGCGGCCAUCACUGGUUCAUCGACCGCACCCUUAGUGCCCAAAUGUGACGCUUCCGUACAGACGGACAACGAUAUACUGACCGACGAAUCGCCGGAGUUCGCCGCCCGACCCCCUCCUUGUCUCAAACGCGAAAUGAUUACCUCAACCAAUAUGUUUCGGGAGAUCGACCGACGGGUAGCCGAUACACCGGAAUACGAAACACUGCAAGAAUUGGUGGAAAACAUAUGCAAAUACACUAAAAACGAUUUAUUCAAAGUGAGGGCUAUAUUCCGUUGGAUUACUAUUAAUAUCAAGUUUGACUGGAAGUAUAUGGGCGUCAAUAUGUCGUCGGAGGAGAUACUGAAAUGCGGUGAAGGCGUCUGUAAGGACUACUGCCAACUAUUCGCCGAUAUGUGCCGUUUGGCCGGCAUUCGGGUCAAGAAGAUCGAGGGUUUCGCCAAAGGCCAGGACUAUCGGCCCGGACAUCAAUUCAAACCCGGCGAAGACAUAACCCACACGUGGAAUGCGGUGUUUCUGAUGAGCGCCUGGCGUCUGAUCGACACGACGUGGGGAACCGGAUAUACGGAGCCGUCGGGAAGGUUUCAACGAAAACUCAACGAACACUUUUUCCUAACGGAUCCCGAAGUAUUGAUUUGGACUCACUUUCCAUACAAUGAUAUGGAGGAUAACUAUUGCAGUGCACUAUUUGGUGCAAAUAAAUAUUCGGUUACAGAAUAUAUGAUUAGUAUUUUUCACUUCUGGUUA